GGAUCUUUGGGGGUUAACAGUCGAAGAGGAAGACGAGAGAGCCUAAAGAGGAGAACGUGACGCUUGGGCCAGCAGUUAGAGAAGGAGAACAUGUUUUUGGGGUUGCCCACAUCUUUGCAUCCUUCAAUGAUACCUUCAUUCAUGUUACUGAUUUAUCUGGGAGAGAAACUCUCGUUCGCAUCACUGGAGGCAUGAAGGUGAAAGCUGAUAGGGAUGAAUCAUCUCCUUACGCAGCCAUGCUUGCCGCACAAGAUGUUGCACAAAGAUGCAAGGAACUUGGGAUCACUGCUCUGCACAUUAAGCUUAGGGCUACUGGUGGAAAUAAGACGAAGACACCUGGUCCCGGUGCUCAAUCAGCCCUUAGAGCUCUUGCUCGCUCUGGAAUGAAAGUUGGCCGCAUUGAGGAUGUGACUCCCAUCCCAACGGAUAGUACCCGAAGAAAGGGUGGUAGAAGAGGGAGGCGGCUGUAAUUUCUUCUGUUGCCAAUCCUUUCCAGAAAGCGCAGCAAGGCUCAUGCCAUUUUUAUAGUUUCCAACAGAUUUUGCCCCAGUCGAUGUUUCGGGUUUAGUGACAUGACUUUGGCUCUGAAAAAUUGUGAGAAGUUGUUCAUCUGCAAUUGCCGUUUUGAGUUGGGCGUGUGAGCGGAUACCUAUUGGGAGUUUUUUUAUUUAUUGAAACAAAUGUUGUUUUUUGGAGUUUAUGUUAAGUGCCCUCGUGGUUUACUGGAUUUAAAAUCAAUAUUAUUAUCAGAUCUCUUGAUAUCUAAA